AAUCCUCAAUGAUGAUACUGCACUCAAAGAAUAUAAGAUUGAUGAAAAAAACUUUGUGGUGGUUAUGGUGACAAAACCUAAGGCAGUGACAACAUCAGCACCAGCUACAACUCAACAAUCCAGUCCUACCACUACUACUGCAGUUAGUUCCUCAACCACAACAGUUGUGGCUCAGGCUCCAACCCCUGCUCCUGCUUUGGUUCCAACUUCCACACCUGCAUCUAUUGCUCCAGCACCCACCACAGCAUCUUCUGAACCUGCACCUGCUAGUGCAACUCAGCAAGAAACACCUGCAGAAAAGCCAGUGGAGACACCAGUGGCGACUAGCCCAACAUCAACUGACAGUACAACAGGAGAUUCUUCUCGGUCAAACCUUUUUGAAGAUGCAACAAGUGCACUUGUGACAGGUCAGUCUUAUGAAAAUAUGGUAACUGAGAUCAUGUCAAUGGGCUAUGAAAGAGAACAAGUAAUUGCAGCCCUGAGAGCCAGUUUCAACAACCCUGACAGAGCAGUGGAGUAUCUUUUAAUGGGAAUUCCUGGAGAUAGAGAAAAUCAAGCUGUGGUUGACCCUCCCCAGGCAGCUAGUACUGGGACUCCGCAGUCUUCAGCUGUGGCUGCAGCUGCAGCAACGACAACAGCAACAACUACAACAAGUUCUGGAGGACAUCCUCUUGAAUUUUUACGGAAUCAACCUCAGUUUCAGCAGAUGCGACAAAUUAUUCAACAGAAUCCUUCCUUGCUUCCAGCAUUGCUACAACAGAUAGGUCGAGAGAAUCCUCAAUUACUUCAGCAAAUUAGCCAACACCAGGAGCAUUUUAUUCAGAUGCUAAAUGAGCCAGUUCAAGAAGCUGGUGGUCAAGGCGGAGGAGGUAGCAGUGGAGGUAGUGGAGGUGUCACUGGAGGAGGCACUGCAGGCAUGACAGAAUCUGGAAGUGGGCACAUGAACUACAUACAAGUAACACCUCAGGAAAAAGAAGCAAUAGAACGGUUAAAGGCAUUAGGAUUUCCUGAAGGACUUGUGAUACAAGCUUAUUUUGCUUGUGAGAAGAAUGAGAAUUUGGCUGCCAAUUUUCUUCUACAACAGAACUUUGAUGAAGAUUAAAAGGGACUUUUUUGUAUCUCACACUUCACACCAGUGCAUUACACUAACUUUGUUCACUGGAUUGUCUGGGAUGACUUGGGUUCAUAUCCACAAUGCUUGGUAUAUGGUAGUAGGUUGUUGGGGGUGGGGAGGGAGGGCUAGGACAUAGGUCAGGGAUAAAUACAGUGCAUGUCUGCUUCAAUUAGCAGAUGCCGCAAAUCCACACAGUGUGUAAAAUAUACAACCAAAAGAAAAAAAUCAGCUUUUGCAGGUCUUUAUUUCUUCUAAACAGUAGGUAACUUUUCCUAGGUUUCAAUCUUUUUAGUGUACUAGAUCAGAAAUUUAGUGUAAUGCUCUGCUUUAAUUUCUUUGGCUUACUGUUGGUUUCCAGAAGAAUCUUUGCUACCUAGAAUUUACAGUAUAUUUCAUGGCAACACUGGAUAAUGGCUUUUUGAAAUUGAAAAAAAAAUUUUGGAGCAACUGUAAACAGAAAUGCCAAAUUAUUGAUGGUUAUUGUUGCUGCUUCAUAUAGGUAUAAAAUUAAUGCAUAAGGAAGCCCAUUCUUUCAUGUUAAAUACUUAAGGUGGGGGAGGGGAGAAAGGGAACUUUUUCUUAAAAUGAAAAUAAUUACUGCUAUUUUAAAAUUUCCUGAUGAUUGAAUGUGAGACCCUUUUAACAUGAUUUGAGAAGCUGUACAAGUAUAGGCAAGUUAUUUUCCUGUUUACAUUUUUUUUUGUUUGUUUGGGGGAAAAUUGGUAGGUGUCUAAUGACUGUUUACUUCAUUGUUAUAUUGCAGUAAAAGAUUUGAAACAACCAUUGCAUGUUUGCUUUUGAUGUAACCCUUUGUGAAAUUAGCACUUUUGGGGCCAAUGAAGAAAUGCAGCGUUCACUCUCUUUCUCUCUGCCUUUCCUCAGCAGAAAUGUAUUAGCAAGCUGUGAGUCAAACUGCUGCCUUUAAAGAAAAAAUUCACAAAACAUUGAUUUCAAAAUUAAAGCAAAUGUUCCAAAACUGGGUCUCCAAUAUUUGUAAAAGUUUUUUUUUCCUCUCUUAAAUAAGAAUAUGUUACCAUUAAAAGUCAUUAGUAUUACAUUGCUUUCAAAACGAUAUAACAUAUCUUAAUGCAUUGAGACUUCUAGAAGAGAUGGGAAAAAUGGCUGGAAAGGUUCUUUGGAAAAUAUAUAAUCAAGAUAUUUCAUGGCAUAUUAAAAAGGAAUAUCUUAACAGUGUUGACCUUUAUUUGGAUUUUUUUCAUAGUUUUUUUUUUGUUGUUAGAACCUCCUUCAUUGGAAUUAUUUGAUCAUAAAGAGAAGGGGUGGAUAUCUACCUGUUCCAUUUACCAAAUCAGUUUUCCUGGAUGUAAUCGAGACUAUUUAAAGAAACAAUAUUUUUUUCUACCAUCUGGUACUAAGAAUAUGAAUUUGUACAGAUUUCUCUGUGUAAUCUCUUGCAAUGUCCUUGGCACAGUUUGAUGAUGAUGACUCCUAAGCUUUUUCAUCAUGCACUCAUAAUCUGUCUCAUAAAAAUAAAUGAAACCGUGAUUUUUCCUUCACAAUG